CGGCCAACCCCGCGCAGGGCACACUACGGAAGUGGAUAGCGACCGGCAGUCCUCCUCAAUAUAGUGUCCCUGCUGCAGAGGUUGCACUUGCGCAGCUCUUGUCGGGUAUGUACUUGAAAUAAAGACACUCUAUGGACAGGUUGGAUGAAUCACAAAUGGAGUCAUUACUAAAGUCAAGAAGGUAGAUCAUCCAUUCACCCAUCCAUUUCCACGGCGAGGACUCCACACGUCACCAUCACAGCCGUCUUGCCUAAACACAGUCCAGUAUGUAUCAGAUUGUACCAGUAGCCCCCAGAGACCAGCAUCUGUCCGAGGGGGCUGAGAACUCCCCGCUCAAAAAGCGAGCGACCGAGGAAGCGCGGCCCCUGGUUGUUGCAAGCGUUCUGGGCUGCGUGCUGGUUCUGGCUGCAGUGGUGGCCUGGUGCUACUACACGGCAUCUCUCCGCAAAGCCCAGCUCAUGAAGACUGAACUGCUGGACCUCAACAAGGAUGGCUUUGUCAUCCGGAACCAGGCGGGGGCUAUAAUAUUCGCCAUGACCUUCAGGUCCGCCACACUGGAUUUAGACUCCUGCACCCAUGAAGGAAGUAUUCUGAACUGCACUCAGUCAGAUACCGGCAAGAUCAACUUUUUUAUCCACGCGAUUCGACCAAAGGACACUGUCAUGUGUUACCGCGUCCGCUGGGAGUCUUUGGAAGACGAGCACACAGUGGAGCAUGCCAUGGCUUGCAAUGGCUCGCAUUGGUACGGAGGGGCCGAGUCCGCCACUCAGCACUGGCCUAUCAGCAUCCAGGGCGAGCAGCAGCCACAGCCUUUCAUCACCAGCGAUAUCUACAUUGAUCGUAACGCUUUCGGGGGGAUUCUGGAACGCUACUGGCUCUCGUCCAACGCGGUCGCGAUCAAGAUAAAUGACUCGGUGCCGUUUCAUUUGGGCUGGUCAGAGAAGGACAGGAUGCUUCACUUCCAGGCCCGCUACCAGGAUUCUCCUUUUAAACCACCGGAGGGCCAGCAGGCCAUAGCAGAACUCAGCUACAGAGUGUGUGUGGGAUCUGAUGUCACCUCCAUUCAUAAAUACAUGGUGCGUCGCUAUUUCCCAAAGCCUGCCAAGGUGCCUUCUGCUGAAGUGUUCAAACACCCAGUGUGGUCCACUUGGGCUCUGUAUAAGACGUCUGUCACCCAGGAGAGGCUACUCCAGUACGCCUCUAACAUCACCAAACAUGGCUUCAACUGCUCCCACCUGGAGCUGGAUGACUGUUAUACCGCCGAUUAUGGUGCAUUUGACUUUGACCCGCAGAAAUUCCCCAACGCCAGCGGCAUGUUUGACCAGCUCAGACGGGACGGCUUUCAAGUGACGCUCUGGACUCACCCGUUCAUUAACUACAACUCUGUCAACUUUGGCGUCGCCAUUGAGAACGGGCUCUUUGUGCGCGAGCCAGGUGGCGAGCUGCCCGCUCUCGUUCGCUGGUGGAACGGCAUUGCUGGAAUCUUGGACUUCACCAACCCAGGUGCCCGGAAGUGGUAUUCAUCCCACUUGGCUGAGCUCAAAGCCCAGUAUGGGGUCACUUCUUUUAAGUUUGAUGCAGGGGAGACAAGCUAUCUCCCCCAACAGUUUAGCACUUUAAUCCCACUGAUGGACCCCUCCACUUUCACCCGGCGCUACACAGAGAUGGCCAUACCGUUUAGCGAGCGUGCCGAGCUAAGGGUGGGCUACCAGAGUCAGAACAUCUCCUGUUUCUACAGGAUCAUUGACAGAGACUCUGUGUGGGGUUACGAGCUCGGCCUCAAGUCCAUCAUCCCCACAGUUCUCACCAUCAGCAUCUUGGGGUACCAGUUUGUCCUGCCUGAUAUGAUAGGUGGGAAUGCAUACCCAGAGCACGGGACAGGUGGUUUAAACGACAGGGAUAAGCUGCCAGACAGGGAGCUGUACAUCAGAUGGUUGGAGCUGUCUGCCUUCAUGCCUGCUAUGCAGUUUUCUAUACCACCGUGGUACUAUGACAAUGAAGUGGUGGAGAUAGCACAAAGGUUCACAAAACUCCAUGAGACUCUUGUGGCCCCGAGAGUUCUGGAGCUGGCCAGUGAGGUCCUCAAGACGGGAGAUCCCAUAAUAAGGCCCCUGUGGUGGAUCGCCAAUGAGGACGAAGCGGCUUACAAGAUCGACUCCCAGUUCCUGAUUGGGGACGAUCUGAUGGUGGCGCCGGUGCUGGAGCCAGGGAAGCAGGAGAGGGACAUCUAUUUGCCUGCGGGAAGGUGGAGGAGCUACAAGGGGGAACAUUUUGUCAAGGGCCCCAUGUACCUCACCGACUACCCUGUGGACCUGGAUGAGAUAGCCUAUUUCAUAUGGGUUCACUGAACACGUCCAAGCAUUAAGCUGAGCCCCUCCCACUUGUCAAGAAUCACACGCAUGCCAAAUCACUGAAGCAGUUUUAUUUAAAGGGAACGUGACCGCUGGGGGUCUGCUGCUGCCUGCUGUCUGUCCUUAGCAGUCUGAGACUUCCCUCCCUUCCAUGCCCAUUUCCUGCUCACCAAUGUGUCUUUAUCAUCAGCGUAGGGCUGAAUGUAAAGAGUUGGUAUGUCAGCGUCUAUUCUCAAUCUUCCAGGUCAUGGUCUUCCAUGUCGCUUGCUUGCCUGGCAGCAAAACAACUUGUUGAUUGCCACCCCUCCCAUGUAAUGAGACAAUCUUUGGAGGAGAGACGUCAGGAGGCUACAGGUGAUGGUGCAAACCACCUGCUGUGUGUCGGGAGGGCCUUUCUAGUUUGGCAUAGAUGACUUAUUUCACACCUCUCAAACCAGCAGUUGUCCCUAUCUAAUUUUGGACAUUGUCCUCAAAGGAGAAUCCAGCUAUGCUCUAUAAGACUAUUUCCCCAGCUAGUGUGAGGCUUUGACUUCGAGAGGUCCGUUACCUGCAGGUUUCGAUGUUAACCCGUGUGCCAUCAACAGACCUGAACUAGUGGCAGGGCUUAGGUCCUCUUAAAGUAGUCCAGUGUUUUUCUUUUCACGUCUUCCAUGUACACGUAGCUCUUCUAGCCAUACUGUGUAAAGAGUUCCUGCACUCGCAAGACAAGCAUGAAAUUAAUUUGUAUAAAUAUUAUACAUUGCAUUCCUGUAGUAUUGCACUUAGAAGUCCAUAGUUGGACCUCUGCUCUCUGUACAUACAGUAUGAUCUAAUCUGUGGAUAUAGUCAAUUUGUUUUGAAAAGGAUGUGCCCUGUGGCUAACUGGCCAACAUCCCAGGGUGUAGUCUGCCUUUCGCCCAACGUCAGCUGGGAUAGGCGCCAGCUAUCGGUCACCCUGAGCAGAAUAUGUAGUAGAAAAUGGUUGGAUGGUAUUUAAGAAUACAAUUUAUGCACUAAAUGACUCCAGCAUCAACAUUCCAUCACCAGCGGUGCCAUUCCUUACUUUCUGAAGUUAGUAAUUCAUUGGGUGGAUUUAAAAGGUCAGUACAGCACAGGAGAGGAAACUCAGUCCAUGCCAUCUGUGUCUUUCUUGCCACUUUAUUAGCCUUCUGUGCGAAGCUGAAGAAUGUUAAGCCGGUGUUCGAUAAAAGAGACAAGACUGUCACCUUAUGGUUCAAAUGUUCAAGUAAAUGCACACGCCCAAAUGCCUUUGCAGUUUAAAAGUGUUUUAGUAUGCCCAACUGGGAAAACAUGCCUUUUUGUUUGUCUGUAGCUUUAACGCUAGUGAGCUGUGUUUAUCCAUGCCUGUCUGACAGUGUGGUCCCAAAAGCGCCAUCGUGCACUUUAUUCUCACAUGUACCUGUAACUCUGCACUUGUCCCACAUAGCCUACUAGGCGCUAAUUUCACAUGCAUCAAUGUAACAUUCAAGAGUAGGACAGGAGAACACACACGUUAGUUACACUAGCAUAGCUACUCACAUUUUAACAUUAUGCUAGGUUAGCCUAUUUGCUGAGGGAAAACAUCAGCCACUGAUAAGUUGGGAGAGUGCCGGGCUUUAUUUUAAGAUGUGCAGUGAAGCCUGCCCCUUUUUUUUUUAUUUUUUAUAAAGCCGUCUGUGGCCUCUGAAGUGGUGGAUGUCAUGUCCAUGAGGAACACCCAGAACUGCAUCUGCCUAAUCCAAUCAAAUUAAGUUCUUAAAACCUCUCGAAAUGUUCUAAACUCCACGUUAGUGUCAAAUUGAGCAGGUUAAUGCAUGGCUAAGUCAACUUCCAAUUGUUGACAUGUUGGCAUUCUUUAGAUAGCAAACUAGCUGAAGCUAAACACCACCACCUCUGCUGGUCGCAGCGAAUAGUGGACUCCACUUUGCCUCAAUUGCAAAAGUACUGUAUUCAAACAUGCUGCAGUACUUGAAAUGUCUCUUACCAAAUUACAAUUACGGUUUGAAAUGUGCCAUUUAAAAAUCCUAAGUGUUUGGUGCAUUGGUGGUUUUGUUUGAAAAGGGAACAUCAAUACUUUUAUUUUUAAAAUUAUUAAUCAAGCCUUAAAUGCUGUAUAAUACUCAUAGAAAUAAAAAUAUUUUCACUAUUGUGACUUUUUUUUUGCAAGGCUCAAACAAGCACUUAAAGAAGUAAGAAGAUGACACGCUAGAAGUCUCAUCAAUCUAUGUACACAUUUAAAAAUGAUCAAACAGUUGUAUUAAAGGACACCAUGACAACAAGGACUUUACUCAUGAUUUACUAAUUUGUUCAUUAUGUGGCGUUUUAGUGACUUCAUUUUUUCAACAAAUUCUUUUUUUAAAUAUUGCCUGUAGGGCCUUAACAACUGCAGAGCGCUUGUGUCAUAGGACAGGGGUUCUCAAAUGGUCCCAACCUGGGACCCACACUUUCCAAUGGUCAUUAAGUCAUGACCCACUUUUAAGUCUUUUAUUUGUAUUUUAACACUUUUAUUUAAGUCAUUUUUAUUUUUGUCUAAAUUAUUUUUUUUACACUAAGUCAUUUUUAUUUGUAUUAUUUGUAUCUGUGUAAUGUACAGUACAGGCCAACAGUUUACAGUGACUAUUUCCAUCGUAGAUUCUCCAAACUAUGAAUUCAUUCUUGACUAUUUACAUUGUAGAUUCUCAAAACUAUGAACGAACAUGUGGAAUUAUGUACUUAAUAAAAAGUAUGAAGUUAAGUAUGAAGUAACUCAAUGUGUCUUAUAUCUUAGACAUACUGUAUGUCUUGUUUUUGCGCUGCAAACCCUUGUUGUUCUCUCAGUGAGCUUCAUGAGGUAGUCACCUGAAAUGGGUUUCACUUCACAGGCGUGCCUUGUCAGGGUUACUUUGUAAAUUUUCUUGCCUUAUUAAUUUGGGUUGUUGUGUGUGUCUAAACUUUUGGCCUGUACAGUAUAUAUAUGGAGGAAGAUGAAAUAUUGCUCAAUUGUAUUUCAAAAUAAGUCAGACAUCAGUUGUAUAUUGCAUAUUUUCAUGACAUUUUUCCCUGCUGUCGACCCAUCCAGAAUCAAUCUGACCCACCAUUUGAGAACCACUGAUAUCGGGGAUCUUUGACUAGCUUUUUUGCAGUCGGUCAUGAAAAACUGUCAUAGA